AUGUACUGCAGGGAGCAAAACCGGAUAUGUGGAAAUCACUGCGUGGUUGAUGAUUCUGUUGUUGAUGAUUUUGUCGUUUCCAUCGUCGACGUUCCCAUCGUCGACGUUCCCGUCGUCGAUGUUCCCGUCGUCGAUGUUCCCGUCGUCGAUGUUCCUGUGGUCGACGUUCCCAUCGUCGACGUUUCCGUCGUCGAUGUUCCCAUCGUCGAUGUUCCCAUCGUCGACGUUUCCGUCGUCGAUGUUCCCGUCGUCGAUGUUCCCGUCGUCGAUGACACCGUCGUCGAUGUACCCGUCGUCGAUGUACCCGUCGCCGAUGUACCAGUCGUCGAUAUACCCGUCGUCGAUGUUCCCGUCGUCGAUGACACCGUCGUCGAUGUUCCCGUCGUCGAUGUGCCCGUGGUCGACGUUCCCGUCGUCGAUGUACCUGUCGUCGAUGUUCCCGUCGUCGAUGUUUCCGUCGUCGAUGUUACCGUCGUCGACGUUCCCGUCGUCGAUGUCACCGUCGUUGAUGUUCCCGUCGUCGAUGUUCCCGUCGUCGACGCUCCUGUAGUCGAUGUUUCAUUUUUCACCUUCCACGAGAUUUCUGUCGUCGAUGUUCUUUGCGUCGAUGUUCCCAUCGUCAAUGUUUCCGUCGUCGACGUUCCCGUCGCCGUCGUCGAUGUCCCUGUCGUCGACGAUCCCAUCGUAGAUGAUUCUGUAGCUGAUGAGUGA